AAAAGGGCUAAAGAAUCCCAUUUUGCUUGGGCGGGCAAUCAGUAAGACUCUCUCUCGACGCUCUGCAACAAUCUCAUCCCCACUCCAGGAGAAUUGACAUUGGUGGGCUUUCUGGUCAAUUUCAUGUUUGAAGGCUCUUUUUUCAUGUCUUAAUCAAAGAGGAAUUCCUGUUAUGAAUUUAUGGCGUGUUUUCAGUCUUUGAAUUUUCAGACUCAUUCCUUAUGGAGAAGUCUUCAUUGCUUUCAAAGAAACUUCUCAAGGACUCAGAGGGUUGGAAAUAACUUGCCCAGUUUUAAGAAAUUCUAUGUGAUUCGUCCUCCACCCUGUCAAACCAUUAAGGGGUAUUGUAGUUUAUCUUAUACCUUAAACACUUUACCUGGUGCUCGUCAUGCAACUUCUCAUGGGAAUGCAGUGAUUUCUUCAAAAAAGGAACAACUAUUGCACCAAGAGGCAGCUCUUGACACAUCCAACCUUCAAGAAAGAGUGGUGAAUGCUAAUUACUCAAAUAAUAGAGUAAUGCUUAUUGAUGGCACAUCUGUCAUUUACAGGGCUUACUAUAAACUUCUAGCGAAACUGCACCACGGAUAUCUAUCACAUGCUGAUGGCAAUGGAGAUUGGGUUUUAACUAUAUUUACUGCUUUAUCUCUUAUAAUUGAUGUUCUGGAAUUUGUUCCUUCGCAUGUGGCGGUGGUGUUUGACCAUGAUGGAAUUCCAUUUGGUCAUACUUCUAUUUCUUCAAAAGAAAAUGUCAUGGCAAAAGGUUUAAAUUUUCGUCAUACUCUGUACCCUUCAUACAAGAGCAAUCGCCCUCCUACACCCGAUACCAUAGUGCAGGGACUUCAAUAUUUGAAGGCAUCCAUCAAAGCUAUGUCCAUUAAGGUGAUUGAGGUACCUGGGGUAGAAGCUGAUGACGUGAUUGGGACACUGGCUGCAAGGAGUGUUGAUGCAGGGUUUAAGGUUCGAGUCGUCUCCCCAGACAAAGAUUUCUUUCAAAUCCUAUCACCUUCAUUACGUCUACUACGAAUUGCACCUCGUGGCUAUGAGAUGGUUUCAUUUGGACUCGAGGAUUUCUCCAAAAGAUACGGAGAUCUGAAACCUUCCCAGUUUGUUGAUAUGGUCGCUCUUAUGGGUGACAGAUGUGAUAAUAUUCCAGGAGUUGAUGGUAUUGGAAAUGUCCAUGCUGUGCAGUUGAUCAGUAAAUUUGGCACAUUGGAGAAUUUACUGCAGUGUGUUGAUCAAGUUGAAGUGGACCACAUCAGGAAGGCCUUGAAAGGAAAUGCUGAUCAAGCUAUCUUAAGCAAGAACCUGGCAAUGCUGCGAUGUGAUCUUCCAUUCUAUAUGGUACCAUUUGCCACCACAGAUCUCACAUUUAAGAAACCAGAGGACAAUGGUGAGAAAUUCACAAGCCUUUUGACUGCCAUUAGCGCCUAUGCAGAAGGAUUCUCAGCUGACCCAAUAAUCAGAAGAGCUUUCUAUUUGUGGAAGAAGCUUGAAGCAUGCUGAUAUGCAUUUGAGAUUUUAGGCUCUGUACUCAAUUCCAAGUAUGUUUCGAAGGGAGGGCAUAGCUUUGGCAAAGAGGUUAGCAAUUUUCAUUUUGGUUGUAUAGCUCACCUCAUUUAUGGCUGAUUUUAGAACUGAGUGUAUAGAUGCAACUGUGUUAUAUUUAUUUAUUAACAUAUAUAAAAUUGCUAAUAUAUGUUUAAUGACCCUGAAUUUGUAAUAUCUUUUUUGUGGGUCGAAGAACUUAAAAUCUGGUUUGUUUUUUUU